CCUACUUCUCACCGCCAUUAUUAACCUCCUAAACCUUCUCUUCUCUGCAAAAAUUGUUAAAAAAAUACAAAUUAUAUAUAAACCAAACAACAAAUCCUGUAUUAUACAGAAACCUUGAUAACUGAUCGUCCGCAAUCAUUCACAUCCUCUCUCUCGAGUCGCAACGAAUCCAAAUCUUCAUCGUUGGAUCAGAGGGCCAGACCAAACACCACCACUAGCAGAAAACAUGGUUGAAACCAGACGCAGCUCUUCGUCUAAGCGCCCUCUCGCCUCGUCUGCUAACCCCGUGCCUUCACCAUCGGCCAAGCGAUCCAAGGCUGGUGAGGCAUCCUCGAAGGCAAACGAUGCGGCGGCGGUUGAGUUAUCGACGGAUACCAAUGGUUCGGUCAAAGAAUCUGGGUCUGGAAGUCUUGAACCGGAGCUGCAAUCCCCUGAUCUGCAGGCCGACGAUGCUGCCAAGCCCGCCGAUGGGGAGAAAUCGCCAGAUGCUGAGGUGGAAGAGGAGGCCUUGGCGUCUCCGCGCUCCAUAGGUGAAGCUGCAGUGGAUGCUGCGGGUAAUCGGCAGAAGAAGCGGCCUGUGAAAGCGGCAAAACUGAAUACGAAGGCUGCGUGGGGAAAGCUUCUUUCGCAGUUCUCCCAGAAUCCUCACCUUAACAUGUGUGGUGCUACUUUCACUGUUGGCCAAAGUCGUACUUGCAAUUUGUGUCUUAAUGAUCCAUCCGUCAGUUCUACUUUAUGUAAACUGAGGCAUGUUGAGCGUGGAGGUUCAUCUGUUGCCCUAUUGGAGAUAUCUGGGGGCAAAGGAUUUGUCCAAGUGAAUGGGAAAAUUUACUACAAGAAUUCCAGUAAGACAUUAACUAGUGGUGAUGAACUGGUUUUCAGUUCUUCUGGAAAACAUGCUUACAUUUUUCAGCAGCUCACUCAUGAUACUGUAGCUGCUACCGGUCUAUCUUCAUCAUUAAGCAUUCUGGAAGCACAAAGUGCUCCAUUAAAGGAAAUACAUAUUGAGGCAAGGGCAGGGGACUCCUCUGCUGUUGCUGGAGCGUCAAUAUUAGCCUCUUUGUGCCAGAAGGACAUAUCCCUUCUUCCUCCACCCCCCAAGACUAGUGGUGAUGUGCAGCAAAGCACUGAGAUGCCUCAACUUCCGUCUGGAUGUGGAGAAUCUGAUGAUCGCACUCCAGACAUUGAUAUGAAGGAUGGUCCGAGUACUAAUGAGCCUGCUGAUGCUUCUUUGAGGGGAAAAACUGGUUGUCCAUCAUCUUGUGCUGCUCAUGAAAACCACAAUAUUGAUAGCCUUGGAUUGGAUUCAUGUCCACAUGCCGCCUCCAAAAAGAUUAGUGGGACAACGUACGAGUUGACGCCUCUACUGAGGAUGCUUACGGGAACGUCAUCAUCUAAUUAUGAUUCAAGAGGCGGCAUUCCUAAAAUACCUGAUGAGCAUAGGGAAAUCAGGGACCUGCUGAAGGAGUUUGGUUCUCGUGCAAAUUUGAUUAAACGACAAGCACUUAAGGAUAGUUUGCAGCAAGGAAUCCUAAAUCCUGGCAGCAUUGGUAUUUCAUUUGCAAGUUUUCCAUAUUACCUCAGCGACACUACGAAGAAUGUUUUGAUAGCUUCUACAUACAUCCAGCUGAAGUGUGACAAGUUUUCAAAAUUGGCCUCAGAUCUUCCUACUGUGUCUCCCCGAAUAUUAUUAUCUGGUCCAGCAGGUUCUGAGAUAUACCAGGAGACAUUGGUGAAGGCACUUGCCACACAUUUUGGGGCUAGACUUCUAAUUGUUGAUUCCCUUCUCUUGGCCGGUGGAUCAGGGGCCAAAGAUUCUGAUUUGGUGAAGGAAAGUUCAAGGCCUGAGAGAGUCUCUGCAUUUGCAAAACGAGCUUCACAUGCUGCUGCAUUGCAGCAUAAAAAACCGACAUCUACUGUUGAGGCUGAUAUUACGGGUGGCUCAAUGAUAAAUUCUCAGACGCCGACAAAGCAGGAGACGUCAACUGCUUCAUCCAAAAACUAUACAUUUAAACAAGGUGACAGAGUGAAGUUUGUGGGCAGCUGUCAUACAGUUGCUUCCAUACAACCUCCUUUGAGGGGACCGACAGUUGGUUUUCGAGGCAAAGUAGUCCUUGCUUUUGAAGACAAUAGUUCCUCAAAAAUUGGGGUUAGAUUUGAUAAAUCAAUCCCUGAAGGAAAUGACCUUGGGGGUCUCUGCGAAGAAGAUCACGGUUUCUUCUGCUCUGCUAAUUCCCUUCGGUUAGAGAGUUCUGCUGGGGAUGAUGUUGACAAAUUUGCUAUUAAUGAACUUUUUGAGGUUGCUUCAAAUGAAAGUAAAAGUGGUUCCUUGAUACUGUUUAUGAAAGACAUAGAGAAGUCUAUGGUGGGGAAUCAGGAUGCAUAUGUGGCCUUCAAGAGUAAGUUCGACAAUUUACCAGGGAAUGUUGUUGUAAUUGGCUCCCAUACACAGGCGGACAGCCGUAAAGAGAAGUCUCAUCCUGGAGGUCUUCUAUUUACGAAAUUUGGAAGCAAUCACACAGCUUUACUUGAUCUUGCUUUCCCGGAUAGCUUUGGUAGGCUGCAUGAGCGGGGGAAAGAGACGCCCAAAACGAUGAAGCAACUUUCUCGACUUUUCCCUAACAAAGUGGGAAUACAGCUGCCCCAGGAUGAAGCUUUACUUUUGGACUGGAAGCAGCAGUUGGAGCGUGAUAUUGAAACUUUAAAAGCACAGGCCAACAUUGUUAGCUUUCGCUCGGUGCUCGGUCGGAUUGGCCUGGAAUGCCCUGAUCUUGAAAGUCUUUGCAUCAAUGAUCAGGCUCUUACAACUGAAAAUGUGGAGAAAAUAGUAGGCUGGGCUUUAAGUCACCACUUGAUGCAUUAUUCAGAAGGUUUGGCCAGAGAUGCUAAGCUUGCGAUUUCUACUGAAAGUAUAAGGUAUGGUUUGAACAUUUUACUAGGCGUUCAAAACGAAAGCAAGAGCUUGAAGAAAUCACUCAAGGAUGUCGUAACGGAGAAUGAAUUUGAGAAGAAACUUCUUGCGGAUGUUAUUCCUCCAAAUGACAUCGGGGUCACAUUUGAUGACAUAGGAGCCUUAGAAAAUGUCAAGGAUACCUUGAAGGAGCUGGUGAUGCUUCCUCUUCAGAGGCCGGAAUUGUUUUUGAAAGGACAGCUGACUAAGCCAUGCAAGGGAAUUUUACUGUUUGGGCCUCCUGGCACUGGAAAAACAAUGUUAGCCAAGGCUGUCGCGACUGAGGCGGGUGCAAAUUUUAUCAAUAUAUCAAUGUCAAGCAUCACUUCAAAGUGGUUUGGUGAAGGCGAGAAAUAUGUUAAAGCAGUGUUCUCUUUAGCUAGUAAAAUUGCUCCUAGUGUUGUUUUUGUUGACGAGGUUGAUAGCAUGUUGGGUAGACGUGAAAAUCCAGGAGAACAUGAAGCUAUGCGCAAAAUGAAGAAUGAAUUUAUGGUGAAUUGGGAUGGUCUUCGUACAAAGGAUAAAGAGCGGGUAUUGGUACUUGCUGCCACCAAUAGGCCUUUUGAUCUUGACGAGGCUGUUAUAAGAAGGUUACCCCGGAGGUUGAUGGUUAAUUUGCCUGAUGCCUCCAACAGAGAGAAAAUCCUUAAAGUUAUCUUAGCCAAAGAAGAAUUGUCACCCGAUGUGGAGUUAGAGGCAAUUGCAAAUAUGACUGAUGGGUAUUCUGGAAGUGACCUUAAGAAUCUGUGUGUGACUGCAGCUCAUUUUCCGAUACGCGAAAUACUUGAGAGAGAAAAGAAGGAGAGAGCUUCAGCAUUGGCGGAAAACAGACCAUUGCCUGGACUUCAUAACAGCACUGAUGUACGCUCUCUGAAGAUGGAUGAUUUUAAGUGUGCGCAUGAACAAGUAUGUGCAAGCGUUUCAUCGGAGUCUACAAAUAUGAAUGAGCUCCUCCAGUGGAAUGAUUUAUAUGGAGAAGGUGGCUCCAGGAAAAAGACGUCUCUCAGCUACUUCAUGUAGAGAACGUAUGUUUGUGUACAGCGAUCCAUGUUACAGAUGUUUAUUCACCUCUCUCUACCUGGCAGAGUCGGGAGUCGGGACACCAUUGAUUAUGGAAUUCUAUCGCAGGUACUGAGCUCGGUGUACCAUAUUAUCAUAGGUUUUGGAAUCAUUUACCAUUUUAGGGAGGUUUUACAAUAUUUAUCAAGCAGGUUUUGUUUGACGGAAGCCGUCUUCUUGUUAAUCUAUCUAGUUUUGAAUUCCUUCUCUUUCCCCUUUUCUUGUCUCGUCUGUAGCAUGUAAAUUCUCAUUUUGAUCAAUUGAAUAAGCAUUCCCCUCUUUUUCUCCC